AUGCGACUAUCGCUGCAUGCAGCUGCAGCAGUUCUGAGCGUUGGUGCCACUUCAGCCCAGGCCGGGAGUGCAGAAUGGACCAGGCGAAGAGGGGGGAGCCCAACCGGAGAUUGCUUCGCGUUCGUGGGUGCAGGAGCAGGAGCAGGAGCAGGGAUGGGCAUAAGAAGGGGGGAUGGCAUGCUGUUGACAACACCAGCUGCAGCAGCGAUAAGCUUGCGCCGGCGGCGAUCAGGGCAGCAGCAUGCCUUGUUGAUGCAGCUCAACAUGCUCCUGUAUGAUGACAACGAGUCCAUGGAAUACAAGCGCCGGACCGUGACUCGAGGCAUCUUUGGCGAGCACGAGAAGGAGGUGUCGGGUUGGAUGAAGACGUUCAAGAGCUUGGACGGGCCGGAGAUGCCAUUCGACGAGAUGUGCGACAUGAUGGACCGAGGAGACUCGAUGCUCAGGGCUAGCAAGGAGAGCAAGGAGAAGAACAUGAGGAGAUAUAGGCACUUCGACCUCAGGCGGAACCCGGAACUUCUCACCAGAACCGAAGAAAUUGAGUUGGGGAGAAAAGUUCAAGAGCUAUUGCGGUGGGAACGUGUGCGGAUGUUUCUCGAGUUGCAGUUGGGUAGAGCAGCGACAAUGGAAGAGUGGGCAGCGGAGCUGGCUACCAUGGACGGGGUCGAAGGGCUAGAGAGGGAGAUUGGUAUCAUGAAGGCGGCGAGAGAUCGGAUGAUCUCGUGCAACCUUCGCUUGGUGGUGCACAUCGCCAGGAGGAAGUUCUACAAGGGGGCAUCGGGCACGCUUAAGGUGAGCCUGGAGGAUAUGAUCCAGGAUGGUACUGCCGGACUGGUGAAGGCUGUCGAGAGGUUCGAUCCUGAGAAGGGUUUCCGGUUCAGCACGUACGCCACGUGGUGGGUGCACCAGGGCAUCCACUGCGGCUUCGCGGACUGCGGGAGGGUGGUGAGAUUGCCCAUGAGCCUUCACACGAUGGUGUGCAAGGUGAUGAGGCUGCAGACGGCCAUGGUAGACCAGCUGGGGAGACAGCCGACCGUGCAGGAGCUAUCGCUGGAGAGCGGGCUCGACGAGCGCAAGGUCGAGAAGUGCCUCCGUGUCAACCAAGUGGAACCCAUCUCCCUGGACGGGUAUCGCAAAAGCAAGAGCGGGCACCUGAACUUCGAAAAUAGCUUCAGGAGGGAGCGGGUCGGGGAUAGCGUCAAAUCGGUACAGGAAACGGAACCUGUGGACGGUGCCGACGUGAGUCUUCUCAAGACGGACGUGGACACUAUCCUCGGGGACCUCUCGGAACGAGAAGCCUACGUCCUCCGAAUGCGCUUCGGCAUCGGUGGCUCUAGCCCUUCCACCCUCGAGACCGUGGGGCAAGAGCUACAAGUCACCCGCGAGAGAGUGCGCCAGAUCCAGAUCGCCGCGAUACAGAAGCUCAGGGGGAGGUCGCCCAGCCACGACCUCCUCUACGCGGACAGGGCGGUGUCUCUGGGCAGGGGGGAGGAAGACCCGGCGGCUGCGGUUGCCGCUGCCGCUUUGGCUGCCAGCGUGGCUGCGGCAAACGAAGGGUGGGACGAGCGGAAGUACGGCGGGCUGCCCCGGUCGGUUUUCAUAGAUCUCGUGACGCGGGCACUCGAGCCACCGCAGGACGAGAUGCUGGACAAGGAAGGGCGGGUUGUCACCGGCGGCCGGCGGCGGGUCAUGAUGGAGGCGGCGCAGGCCGAGCGGGCCUUGGUACCGAAGAAGAGGAAGAAGGGUUUCGUCAUGAAGAGGGCGUGUUCGCCGCGGCGAAGGGGGGGAGACGGGGAAGGGGCGCCUGAACGAGGGAGGAGAGGGGGGGCUUCUCCGCCCGUGACGAGGACCCCUUCCUGGCAACCAGCGCUGCAGGCGGCGUAGCAGUACGUUCUGCCUGGCUUGCGGGCAUGUGGGUCGUUUUGUGAGAGUUGAACUAAGCAAGGAGGAAGCUCGGAAGGGAACGGUUGAUCGAAUUGAUCGAAAACAGCUGGAGUGGCACCUGAACUAUCUGCUGGUGUGUGUCUUGCAGCUAAAGCUUUGGGUAGGAAUGGGGAGGAGUUAGAUUCGUCAUUUCCUGUUUCCCUCUCUU